GUGUGCCUUAAUUCAACUGACAAAAGACCCCCAGAAGUUCCAGCCAAUCUGUUCUGGUCUGCGCUGCUUUCUCCCCGGUCUCGUGGUUGUCAACAGCAUGGAGAAGGACUCGGAGCCGUCGCAAGCGCAACCGACUCCUGAGGAGCCCGUCCAGUCGAUCGAGGGCGAUGGCAAAGAGGAUGGCCCCGCAAGCAGUGUUACCGAUGAACAAUAUCGGUAUAUGAUGGAUGUUGUCAUGGCAAUUUAUGAAUUCAGAGAAGAAGAUGGCCAUGAUCCUUCGAGACUCUUUCAUCGCAGUGUCAACAAGCGCAAUGUGCCGGACUACUAUGAUAUUAUCAAGGAGCCAAUGGCGCUUAGCAUCCUGAAACAAAGGAUCAACAAAAAAGAAUACAAGAAGUUCACGGAUUUUGUGCGAGACUGCGCUUUGAUCCCCCAUAAUGCGCAAACCUAUAACCGUCCCAAAUCACAGGCAUAUGAGGAUGCGCUCGUGAUCAAGGAUGUUUUCAUUGCGGAGUUCGAGAAGCUGGUCCAGCAGGGAAUCAUAACGGCUGAGGAAGCGCAACUCCCGGACCUCGGCGAGAUCCCAGAGGCAGACCCUCUGCCGGAGGAGGAGGAAGAAGACGAAGAAGACGACGAAGAUGACGAAGAGGAGGAUGAAUCCGAUGAUGAUGGUCGUCGCAAGAAGAAACGAGGACCGCGCCCCGGGUUCAAGCGAGAUAGCGCAAAGGACGACGGACACAAGUCUGCUGACCCUGAACAAAGAAAGAAACGAGGUCGCCCUCCACGUGUUGAUACCCCGAUGGAGGCGAGGAUAAAGGCAGUUCUGAAGGGAAUUCGAAAACUGAAAGCGCCUGGAAGUCAGCUCAAGGUGCGACAUUUCGAGCGCUUGCCUGACAAAGGCACCUAUCCCGACUACUACAUCGAGACCAAAGACCCGAUUGCUAUCGACAUCAUCAAACGGAAGUCGAAACGCAAGAAGUACAAUUCAGUGGACCAUUUCAUGAGGGAUAUGGACCUCAUGUUCAACAAUGCCAAGGCCUAUAACCAGCCCGAGAGCCAGAUCUACAAAGACGCCGUUGAUUUGCAAAUUGAAGCAAGAAGGCUCGCUGAGAUUGAGAAGAAGAAACCCGACAGCGAAUACCUAAUGGAAGACGGGCGCCUUCCCCUCCCAGAUGGAAUUCUGUACAAGGGUGAGCUUUGGAAGGUUGGAGAUUGGGUACAUAUUCAGAACCCCAAUGAUGUCACAAAGCCCAUUGUCGCGCAAAUCUACCGCACCUGGCAAGAUUCAGAGGGCGAGAAAUGGGUAAAUGCCUGCUGGUAUUACCGGCCUGAGCAAACUGUUCAUCAUUUCGAGAAGCACUUCUAUCCUAACGAGGUGGUCAAGACCGGCCAGUAUCGCGAUCAUCGCGUCGAAGAGAUCGUCGACCGGUGCUUUGUGAUGUUCUUCACCCGCUACAACCGUGGACGACCCAGAGAUCUCCCUCCCGAGAAAGAUGUUUAUGUGUGUGAGGCUCGCUAUAAUGAGGAGAAGCACAAACUGAACAAGAUUAAAACCUGGGCUAGUUGCCUGCCGGAUGAGGUCCGGGAGAAAGAUUAUGAAAUGGAUCUGUUUGAUGUCCCCCGAAGGAUUAAGAAAAUCCCCAGUCCCAUAAAACACCUGCUCAAAAGCGAUGCCAAAGAGACAGACGAUCUACCCAAACCAACUUGGGGAGCGGAAAACGCGCCGCCUAUUGUGGGAGCUGUUCACCGUCGUCCUCGGGAUGAAAAUGAAUCCCCACCCCCAGAGCCAACACCCUCACCUCCUCCUAUCAUCCCUCAACCAGUUCUACCCCCAGCUCCUCGACAUGCAUCGAUUAGCCAGGCACCUCCUCGGCCAGUUGUGGAUGGUCAACCCAAUACUCUCCUUCCCGGAACCAGCCCGGCUCCAGUGCGUUCGCCCGCCGCACCAGUCGGGGCCGUUCAACAUUCGCCAGUCCCGGUUGCUCCUGUGGCGUAUCAACAACCCCAAGUCGCGCCCGCCCAAGUCUACCAACCCGGACUACAAAGACGUCCUAGCGGCUAUGUUCCCCAGAGUCCCGUCCCUGGAGCCUAUAAAGCGACCCCUACUCCCCAUACGUACGCUGUUCCCCAGCCGUCCGCAUACUCUGCCUACCCUGGUGGCCGCAUGCCAGCACCCGCAGCGACCGCAUACAACCCUAAUGCUCCUCGACCAGUUGAAGUAUUUCACCUGAGCGACGCUGCCAACGCCGCGAUUCCAGCGGAUAUCCGGGAGCAGUUCCAUUGCGACGACCAGGGCCAUGUGCUUUUCUUCUCCUGCCCGCCCCUGGACAUUGGACCAUCAGCCCAGCAGAAACUUGGGCAUUCACUCAAGUACCUAGCUGCCAAAGAGGAACGUCGGAAGCUGGUCGAGGCCAAGAAACGCAAGGAGAGUCUUGAACAAGAGGAACGGGGGAGAGAUGCCAAGCGCCAGCGAGCUGACGAGCAGACGGCCCUGGCAGCUCAAGUAGAAGCGGUGACAGCGGAAGCUCUUGACGCCAUGACGAGCGGAAUUAUAAGUGGUACGGAUCAGAUCUACAAAGCGUUGUAUGGGGAGAAGGCCGACGUAGCCCUGCAAGCAGACACCAAGGUACGCGAGCAACGAAUCCAGGCAGAGCGCAUCACCCAGGCAAAGACGGUACAAAUUCAAGCGCAGUCAAAAAAGGCGAGUUUUGUGAGCCUUAAGGGCGGUUCUUUGUAUAUGGAUGAUAUUGAUCCUACCGUUUGAGGUGGUAAAGGUACCUUUCUUAUUGCAUCUCUUGUGUGGGGUUUGCCUUUGCAGUUAUUAAAUCGUCCAAAAAGUCGACAUCUGAUAGAAAAAGGAGGAUUCUUUCCAUGCUGUUUAAUCGGUUACGGCGCAUUUCCUAGGCCUUUUUUUUUCUUUUUAAACUUUUUGUAUUUUAUUUUAUUUUAUUAUUUUAUUUAUUUAUUUUCCAGGGAUGAAACCUGCCGAGUCCUUUAUAUACUGGAUCUGUAUAGUUGCGUGUAUCUCAUAAUCAAAUGCAUGAAUUUCAC